AUUCGCGAGAUCUUCGGCAAAUAUGGGACAAUCAAGGAUUUGAGGAUGCCCAUGAAUCCAGUUUUCAACGUAAAUCGCGGAACCGCAUACAUCAUGUACGAAGAAAUUGACGACGCCGAGCGCGCAAUCGCAAAAAUGCACGAAGCACAGCUAGACGGCGCAAAGAUCCAGGUCUCGAUUGUCCUU